CCUUUCUCACUCUUCCAGGCGCACUCUUUUUUUUUUAUGUAUCUUUUCUUCUUUUUUAUUUGCUUGAAACCCACUCAUUUUUAUUAAUGUCUCCUACCAUUCCAUUACGCUUGUCUUCUUCAAGUCCUGAAUAUAAGGGUAUUUCUCAGUUAAAUAUUAUUUAUGAAGCAGGUCUUGAUAAUGAAAGUCGUCCAAUCUUAGUUCUUUGCGCAAAUAACCUUCCUAAUCCGGAUACCAUCAACUACGACUUGAUUCUAGCAUUCAUUUUAUCUCGAUUGGAUGAAUUUGUUGAAAAUGACUAUGUCCUUAUCUUUUUCUCGUCUCCUGCACAAUAUCGUCCUUCUUGGUUAUGGUUACUAAAAGCUUAUCGUGCUCUGGAUCGUCGUUAUAAAAAGAAUUUAAAGGCUUUAUAUGUUGUUCAUCUCAGUCGAAGCUAUCGUAUGAUAUUUGAUCUAGCUAAUAAGAUAACAAGUCCAAAAUUUGCUCGAAAGUUACAAUAUCUCCAAUGUUUAAGUGACUUGAAUCAACUUAUCCAAGUACCUACCAAUAUGAUUCCUCAACCAGUCGUUGAUUAUGAUGCCAGUAUCCCUGCUUUUCCAACAACAUUCAAGUUUAACAGUAUCACCCCAAUGCCGACGGUAUCUCUUGCUUUUGGUCGUUCUCUGAAAGAUUUGGCAUCAAUGGAAGGAUGGACAUUGACAUCAGAUCCACCGGUACCUCGUGUGGUUUAUCAAUUGAUACAUCAUUUACGAACCAAAGGAUUAAAUAAAGAAGGGAUCUUCAGAAAAUCACCCAGUAGCGAGGAAUUACGGAUAGUCAAGACCAAAUUCAAUUAUGGAGAAACAGUAGAUUUGAAUGAUCAUGAUGUGGACGUGUCUGCAGCAUUACUCAAGGUGUUUUUACGAGAAUUACCAACUUCUAUCAUCUCUGUAGAACAAAGUGCAGAACUUGGAGAAUUAUUAUCAGGCAAAGAAGAAGAAAAAAAAUCGCAAGAUGGAUUACGACAAAAGGUACAAGCGACAUUUGCGCACAAACCAUACGCGUUGGCACUGUUACGUUAUUUAUGUGAAUUCUUAUCAGAGGUGGUACAGCAUUCGAAAUUCAACAAAAUGACAGCUCACAAUUUGGCAGUUGUAUUCACACCCAAUUUAGUCCGUGUGGAUGAACCACCAAACCAUCAACAUGCCAAUAUUCCAACCAGUCAACAAGAAGCCAUGGCAAGUGCAAGUCUUUAUUUGAAACAGAUGAAUCAAGGCAUUAGUUUAGUUGAAAUAUUGAUAUCCAGAUAUGAUAGUCUCUUAUAGUCUUAGUUUGUUUACCCUACGUUCAUUUUUUUUUUUUUUGGGUGUUUAUCAUUGUCUCAGAUGUCUCAGUUUGAAUACCGUGUGGUGGGUUUCAAAAAAAAAAAAAA